GCAGCUGCAGCUGAUGCGGUGACACUCACAGCGCUGCGGGACGGAGGCUGAGCGUGAAGAUGAGGAUGGAUUAUAACUGAUGAAAAGAGCUAGACGGGGCAAUGAUGGGCUGUUCAUCACAACAUGUAUGUUCGUGACAGCGGGACUGAUUUAUUCAUCUCUCAUGUUUAUUCAUGCGGGCUGAUGAAGUUCACCUGGAUGCUGCGGCGGCGCGCGAGACGGAUCGUUCACUCAUUAGUGCACGAGAAAGUCAGCUUCCUCCAACUGAACCUCAAGGACAAACUCACAGAACACCACGACAAUGUGAAUAUUCACUGGGGGAAAAUGACUUUUCCAGCGUUCCUUUUAAUACCCAAACACUCUCUAGCAAUUAAAAAUAAUUUAUUUCCCCGCAACAUGCCAACAGUAUUCUGAGCCGAUGGGUUUAACCUGUUUGUUUUAAUCUAAAACCAGUGUUGUGAUGACGACCUGCUGAGCGUUUCAACGGCCCGCCAAUGACGGAAAGUUGACGAACAUUGUUUUUAUUUCUUUUGUUUUGUUUUCUUUUAUCGUUGAACGUAAAUAAGAGUUACUGAGGCGACGCUGCGACGCGUCGUUCAGCGUUUGAGAGCGAGAGCGAUAUUCUGAGGGACAGCGCGUCGUGUGCGUUAUUCUGAGGGUUGAUGUUCUGCUGGCCGCUCGUGCUGCUUGUGAUGGGCUGUAUUCAGAGUAUCAGAUGCAAACCCAAGAGUUUCCGCGACAGCGUCAUGGUUCUGGAGCUCAACUCCUCCAUCGACUCGAACCCCACCAGCAUCGACGAGUCCUCCAGCGUGGUGCUGCGCUACCGCACGCCGCAUUUCCGCGCGUCCGCCCGGGUCGUCGUGCCGCCGGUGGCUGGUAAAGAGAGCUGGACGGUCGGCUGGAUUCAGGCGUGCAACCACAUGGAGUUUUACAACAAAUACGGAUCGAAGGGGAUGUCCAGCUGGGAGCUUCCGGAUCUCAGAGACGGAAAAAUCCAAGCCAUCAGUGACUCAGACGGUGUCAACUACCCGUGGUAUGGCAACACCACCGAGACGUGUACCAUUGUGGGUCCCACCAAGAAGGACACCAAGUUCACCGUCAGCAUGAACGAUAACUUCUACCCCAGUGUGACGUGGGGCAUCCCGGUGAGCGACAGCAACGUUCCCAUGCUCAGCAGCAUCUGGAGGGACCAGAGCUUCACCACGUGGCUGGUGGCCAUCAACCAGGCGUCGGGCGAGAUUCUGGUGCUGCAGACGGUGCGCUGGCGCAUGCGUCUGCACAUCGAGGUGGAUCCGGACAAGCCACUGGGACAAAGAGCCAAGCUGCGUGAGCCGAUCGCGCAGGAGCAGCCGCAGGUGCUGGGCAAGAACGAAGCCAUCCCCCCCAACGCCAUGGUCAAACCCAACGCCAAUGACGCGCAGGUGCUGAUGUGGCGGCCGCGAGCGGGCGAGCCGGUGGUGGUCAUCCCUCCCAAACACUGAGACUGGGACGAGCUUCUACCUGCAAAACGGGUCGGGAAUCACUGUGCUAAACGCCACUGCAAAUACAAACAAGGCUUUUUUUGUGUGGGAAUAUUGCUUGACGAAAUGCGAUGUCUCUGACAAAUGGAAAGAGGGUCCGUCUCAAUCAGCACCCUAGUUGACUGAUCAGGGGUGCCGUCUCAAUCGCAAAUCCUUCCAGUGUAGUGAAACUUUCGCUCCCUAAAAAGUCCCAGCAUCGAUGCUGCACUAUGUUGCAUUAAUGGAAAUUCUGAAGUGUGAAACAUACAUCAUUCAAAUCAAAUCCAACACUAUGGAGUCCCUAAAGGGACAUGGUGAUGGAAAAAAUAUGAGAUGAGAGGAAAAGAUGUACGUCAAUGCUUUUGCAUUCUCUCACAAAACUUUUGUGUUCUCCGAGAAACUUUGCAUUCGCUUCCAAAAAUUUUCCUAGAGAAACUAUGCAUUCACUUCCAAAACGUUUGCGUUUCCCAGAGAAACUUUACGUUCACUUCCAAAACCUGUGCAUUUUUUCGUAAAACAUCUGCGUUCCCCCGAGAAAUUUUGCCAGAGAAACUUUGUGUUCACUUUCAAAAACUUUGCGUUCUCACAAGAAAUUUUUGGUUUGCUUGCAAAGCUUUUGCGUUUCCCAGAGAAACAUUGCGUUCGCUCUCAAAACUUUUCCCGAGAACUUUGCGUUCGCUCGCAAAACUUUUCCAGAGAAACUCUGCGUUCACUUCCAAAAACGUUGCAUUCCCCCGAGAAAUUUUGCGUUGGCUCGCAAAGCUUUUGCGUUUCCCAGAGAAACAUUGCGUUCACACGCAAAACUUUUCCAGAGAAACAUUGCGUUUGCUCGCAAAACUUUUGCAUUCGCUUCCAAAAUCUUUGCGUUCCCGCAAUAAAUUUUUAGUCCGCUCGCAAAGCUUUUGCGUUUCCCAGAGAAACUUUGUGUUCGCUCGAAAAGAACUCAAAAGUUUUGUCAGUGAAUGCAAAAGCAUUGACAUACUUUUCCUGCCCACCUCAAAGGGGACAUUUAUUAUUUUUUUAAAAACAUCUUAGAUGUUUAAAAAAUAUAUAUUUUAGUCAAAUCUAGAAGCUUUAUGCAAUAGUUUCAAAGCAGCUUUACAGUAAUACACAGGAAAACACAGACAGGCAGUGAACAUGAUCUAACUACUAUUUAUAAUUAAUUUACAGCUGAAAAGUGUAAAAGGGAAAUGUAACAAAGUAUUUAUAAUAAUGUACUUUAAAUAGCAGUACAAAAAAUAAUGUCAGAAAGAUAUCUGUGCUGCUGUUGUUCAUAAAUUCCAGUAAUGACGUUGUCAGUCAUCAGUGUCCCAGUGUGUAGUGAUUGACGGCCUAGGGAGCUGGAGAGCUGAUUGAGACGCACCCAGACUGUUCAAUUCACGCUGCCUUAAGUUUACAUUGCUUUCACUGCAAACUUUUCGCCUUAAAUCAAGUGCAAUGCAGUAAACCUCGCACAUCCUACCUGUCAGAUGGUAGAUUUGCACCGAUCGUGUCCCAGUUAGUCCUCGGUCUAAGGGGACAGCGGUGAACCAAACCAGGACACCAGACCGGAGUGGGACGCCGUUAUUAUGCAUUCAGUGUUUUCAACAGGAGCUUCAGUGUUUUUGUUCCCAAAGCAGCCGUCGACCAGCCACUGAUGCACUUCUGGUGUAUUUUACAAGAGCGGAGAGUCCAAAAAUAUAUAUUUUCUACUACAUGUGAGUUGUCAAGAUGUCAAGACAUCGUGGCCAAUCAAUAGAGUUAUUACGAACGAACGCGCAAACAAUCAGUUCUCCUGGCGUUUGAAUGACGGACACGUAUAUGUGUGCGGCGACAGAAGUGCUGAAGGCUGCAUCUGCUCUCCUCAUUGAUCUCCUCCUAAAAUCAAACACAAUCAGCAGAAGCUGCGAGGGAGAAAUGUGUGUUUUCCGAAUGACUGCUGCUCGUGUCCAGGCCACAAUUCUGCACAAAAUCAAAAGAACUACACAUAAAUUUCAUGACAGUUGAGUGCGUUUCCUCCUCUCCUCGCUGUCAUACAGCGAUGUUUAUUGAAAUCAGCAUAAAAGAAAGGCAGAUACCACUAUAAUGAGCACUAGCAGUCGAAACUUUGGAAUAAUUAAUAAUCAUCAUAUUAGAAUGAUAUCUGAAAGAUCAUGUGACACUGAUUGGAGUAAUGGUGCUGAAAAUUCAGCUUUGAUCACAGGAAUAAAUUAUAGUUUACUAUAUAUUCACAUAGAAAACAGCUGUUUUACAUUAUAAAAUAUUUAAAAUUUUUUAACCAUAAAUGCAGCAUUGGUUAUUUCAAAAAAAAAAAAAAAAAAAAAAAAAUAGUAACAAUUCCAAACUUUUGACUGAUAGUGUAUAAAUAAUUUAACAUUUAAAUAAUCUAUUUUUUUGCAUUGCAGUGUUGGAGAAUUUGAGGGCAAAUUUGCUUAAUAUAUUCAUAAAAAUGGCAGUUGUGCACACUUGAUCCAUUCUGAGCUCAGUCAAACUCCGUAAUAAGAUAAAACGAACACACUUCAGCGCUUCCUGAUGCCAUUUGUUAUUGAUCACACUGAAGGCCUUAUUCACUGAAGGUGUUUGACGCUAGAAACUGGUCAGGACGGAUGAGCCUUCAUGUUGUGACGCCUUUAGUCAAGCUGCUGACAUUAAACAUGCAGUCGAACGCUGAGCAACAGUGAUAUGCACAUGUGGCACAAACGCCACGACAGACACUGAGCUUCAUUACAAACCUCCUCAGCGUUCAGUGCCGGACGUCUCCGCCAUCAUUUGUGUCAUUUCAGAAAAUGCUUUAUUUGAUGCUCAUGUGUGUUUGGUACAAUCACAUGACGUGAGAGAGAGAGUGUGUGUGUGUGUGUGUGUGUGUGUUCGCUUGUAGACAGCAUGACUGAAGAAUUAUAUUUCAGAUUUCUGAUGUUUGUACCUCCAGCAGACUUUUAUCCAUCAUUAUUAAACGUUCUUGUUCUUGUCAAGAAUCCUGCGCUACAUGAUUCCUGCUGUUUGGCUUAAAACUGGGGCUUCCAAAGCAGUGUAAACAUUAAAAUUAAUAAUAUUAAUAAUAAUUUUUUCGGAAACUUUUUAGUUUGUCUAACAUUUUUUAAAUGUUGCUACUUGUUUCAGAACGUUCAGAGAACAUUCAGAGUCACAACACAGACAAUAUAUACUCAAAUCAUUUGGAUAUGAAAUUAUAAUGAGUUCCUUCAGCUCGAUUAGCAGCACGUUUAUACUGUGUGUGUGUGUACUUGUACUGAUAUCUAUGGAAGCUUGUUUCCACCAUCAAAUAAAAAAUAAAAAAGGUUAUUGCGACUUUUUAUCUCACAAUUCUGAUUUUUUUCCCCCUCAGGAUUGUGAGAUAAAAAGUCAGAAUUGCGUGAUUAAAAACUUGCAAUAACAAGAAAAAAGUCAUAAUUCACAAUUCGCAGUCGCAAUUCUGACUCACGCAAUUCUGACAUUUUUUUGCAAUUCUGACUUUAUAUCUCUCAAUUCUGAUGUUAUAACACAAUUCUGACUUCAUAAUUCGAGAAAAAAAGUCAGAAUUGUGAGAUAAAAAGUCGCAAUUAAAACUUUAUUUUUUUAUUUAUUGGCGGAACCAAGCUUCCAUGGAUAUUUUUGUGAGGACCGGUUUUAGACCAUCAGAGAGAGGACACUGAGAGUAAAAUGAGGACAUUUUGGCCGGUCUUCACUUUCUGAGAGCCUUUAAAGGCCUGUUUGAGGGUCAAGACUUGGUUUUAGGGAUCAGGUUAUAAUAGGGUAAGGGUCGGUUUAGGGUUUGGGUUGGGCACUUAGUUGUGAUGGGUAGGGUUAGGGUAAGGAGCUGGAGCUUGCAUUGUGUCAAUGAAUGUCCUCACAAAGACAGAUGUAAGAAUGUGAGUGUGUGUGUGAGUGAGUAUGUGGCGUCAGACUCUGUUAUGGGGCUGUUUUGUUUUGGUUUUCUCUUUUCAGAAGGAACAAUGGCGUUUCGGCUUGUUUUAUAGCUUUGACAAUAAUACUUGAAAAAUAGAAGUGGGAAACAUUUCAAACUGUGAAGAUGCACAUUGCGAAUACAAAACAUUCAAAGACAGCUGAACUUUUCAUGAAAAAUAAAACUGUGAAAUUCAGAA